AUGUCUAUUCGAACAAAUCGCUUUAAAGCAGUGGAUAGAGUGUUGAAGGAUCUGGAGAGAGUAGAAAAAGAAGGGAAAUUGAAUGAUUUGAAGUCUGAGUUGAACAAGAUAAAGGAGGUGUUUUUGAAGGUGAAGGAGAAUGAAGAAGAACUCCUUGACACGUUAGCGGUUGUGGAUGGCUAUAUUCGCAACAAAAACAUAGCUAAGUUGAGGGAAGAGGAGGGACACUUUUGCCAGAAAAUAUGGAAUUCAACUCUAAAGUUGCUGCCAGCUGCUCAUCAUGCUCAAGCUGCUGCCUCAUCUGGACAAUCAUCUCAUCAUGCUCAAGCUGCUGCCUCAUCUGGACAAUCAUCUCAUCAUGCUCAAGCUGCUGCCUCAUCUGGACAAUCAUCUCAUCAUGCUCAAGCUGCUGCCUCAUCUGGACAAUCAUCUCAUCAUGCUCAAGCUGCUCUCCCAUCUGGACAAUCAUCUCAUCAUGUCACACCACUCCCUUCUUCCACCACUCCACAACUUCAUCAGGAGGAGGACUUGCAAAUUAUUAAGGACUAUUAUAACAGCCUUGGUCGUUUUGACAAACGUUGCUUCUCAUCUCUCUUGCAGUUUCCUGAAAAUGCUGUUUUCAAGAGAAGGGAAAUCUCUUUCUGGUUCUCUCCGUUUGACCAAGUGGUUGAUCCUCUUUUGGAGGGUAAAGUAAUUGUACCCCAUGGUAAUGGCAAGUCUCCCAUUGCGAGUAAAUUUAAAAUUAAUCCGUUGCUCCGUCACAAGUCACUAAGUCCAUUGUUUCAAAAUGAGCAACUGCCGAUUUGUGGUUAUUAUUCACAAAUAAAGACCUCAUCUUCAUCUCCUGCCAGUGAUAUUGGGUAUGAACGUUUAGUACUUGACCAACGUAAAAUUAAAUUAAGUGAUGGCUUUGGCUUUAAAUCUAACCGUUGCUAUUAUAUUUAUAAUGUUGGUGCAAGUUAUCUUAAUUUUGGACCCGGAUGGAUGGCCAAAAUGAAGGAUUUGCUGGUGCUUCAACUUGGUCGUUGGACGAAAGAUUCACCAAAACAUCAUAUUGAAGUGGACAGUGAAGAAUUCCUCAAGGAGUUGAGUGGUCACGAGUAUUUGUUCUGUCUUAGCCUUCGAGGGAUAUCAAGAAUAUUCGAGCUUCCACCUUCCAUCGUAAAAAUUGAGAGCCUAGAAACUCUAGAUCUCAAGGCCUGUCACAAUCUAGAAACGCUACCUAGUGAUAUUUCAUCAUUGCGAUGGCUCCGGUAUUUGAAUUUGUCAGAGUGCUACUUGUUGGACAGAAUGCCAAAGGGGAUUCAGAACCUGACUUGGCUUGAGGUACUGAAGGGAUUUGUAUUAGGUAGUUCUAGCAAGACUCCCUGCAGAAUAUCUGAUAUUGCUGCAAGAUUGAAAAGACUAGAGCGACUCAGCAUACGUAUAGGAAGUGGGGCCGUGAUCCAAGAAGGCGAGUUUGAAAGCUUGGAAAAGUUGCGUAGACUUGAGCGUCUAAAAAUAUCAUGGGGUGUAUUUGACACAAGGUACAUUGAUAUUCAGAUAAGUGUGCCUUCAAGUUUGAAAAAGUUGCAUCUUGAAGGCUUUCCUGGCCAAAAUAUUCCAGAAUGGUUGAAGCCUAGCAAACUACCUCAAGAAUUGGAAUUGAGAGAGCUACAUAUAACAGGAGGAAAACUCAAAAGUUUGGAUCAUGGUGAAAAUAAUGAUUGGGGUGUGGAGAUGGUGUAUCUCAAGUACCUAAAGUAUUUGGAUGUUGACUUGGAACAUUUGCGAAAGUUGUUUCCUUCUCUAAGGUACGUAGAAAUAAAACAAAUCUUAAACCAGCCAUACCUUGAAUGGAGCAUUAAUUGA